AGCGCGGCUGCUUUUGGGUGUAGGCACCGCCCGGGCCGGGCUGGGAGCGGAGCAGGAGCGGGAGGAAGAGGCGGGGCAGAGAAAGAGGAAAGGGAAGAAUAGGAGCCGGAACUGGAGAAAGAGACGGGAGAGGAAGCGCAGCAGCAGCACCAACACCACGCGGUUCCCCCGCUCCGGCCGCAGCUCCCCCGGCUCCUGCUGCAUCGCCCCCCGGAACCCGCAGGAGAAGGCCUCAAAGAAGAAGAUGACCCGGGAGACCCAAGCAGGUGAGGAGGAAGUCAGUGCCCCUUUUCCCCUCUCUCCUGCUCCAUCUCCCAGCCCAGCAUGGCCCCAGAAGCCCCACAAGUGCUCGGAGUGUGGGAAGAGCUUCAGAUGGAAAUCCGACCUGAUCCGCCACAUGAGAAUCCACACUGGGGAACAGCCCCAUGAGUGUGAUAAAUGCAGGAAGAGGUUUCAGAGCAGCUCCAGUCUCCUCAGGCAUCAGCAGAGUCACACAGAGGAGAGGCCCUUCCGCUGCCACAUUUGUUCAAAGGGCUUCAAGCUCAAGUCUAUCCUCAUCAUCCACCUGCGCAUCCACAGCGGGGAGAGGCCCUAUGAGUGUCCUGAGUGUGGGAAGAGCUUCAGCCAGCAAUCCACCCUGACUGGCCACCUGAGGACCCACACAGGAGAACGGCCCUACGAGUGUGCAGAGUGUGGGAACAGCUUCAGGACGAGCUCUGAGCUGACCGUGCACCAGAGAAGCCACACCAGGGAACGGCCCUAUGAGUGUGGGGAGUGUGGGCAGAGCUUCCUAAGGAGCUGCCACCUGACCCGCCACAUGAGAAUCCACACAGGGCAAUGGCCCUUCAAGAAGUGUGAGCAGUGUGGGAAGAGCUUGAGGUCGAGGUCUGAACUGAUUGUCCACCAGAGGAGCCACACGGGGGAACGGCCCUUUGAGUGUGGGGAGUGUGGGAAGAGCUUCAUGUCAAAGUCCCACCUGGUCUGCCAUCAGAAGAGCCACACCGGGGAGAGGCCCUACGAGUGUGAUCAGUGCAAGAAGAGGUUUCAGACCAGCUCCAGCCUCAUUCUGCACCAGCAGCUUCACACCGACGAGAGGCCCUUCCGCUGCCCCGACUGCGGGAAGGGCUUCACCCGCAAGUGCAACCUCACCAGCCACCAGCACACCCACACCAGGGAGAGGCCCUAAGGCUGUUCUGAGUGUGGGAAGGGCUUCUCACUGAGGUCUGCCUUGACCAGACACCAACAGAGCUACCACUAAGGGAAGCCCUGUGAGUGCCCCGAGUGCAGGAAGAGCUCUGUGUGCUGCUCCAGCUCCAUCCCCCACGGGAGGAUCCACCCUGGAUGAGCCCCGGUGAUCCCUGGUGCUGGUGAUCCCUGUUGGGAAGUCACCUGCCUGGGGGGCUCCACGUCCUCCUGGCUCCCCAUCAGCACCUGCACACAUCCACAUCCCAACACCAGAAAUCCACUGUGGAGAUCAGAUUUGUUGA